GUUGCGCCCCGGAACGUGUAUUUGGAGGUUUGCAAGUCUUAUGGGUCGGUUUGCAUGGAUGCAACAUUCUAUACGACAAUAUUGAUUGUCGUUUGCUUUUGACAUAGGCUUACGUGAAAGAUAGCCUAGCCAGUGUUUACUUAUAGAUAAUUAAACCCUGGAAAUGUGUCAUAGCCUAGUAGCCUGAUAAAGAAAUGAUGUGCUCACGGUUGGUUAGAGAAAUGGCAUUUCGCCUGAAUGCGUGCACGCCUGUUUGAUGUAGGACACAUCAGCAACAGGCUUCAACAUUAGAUGUCGUUAUGUAUCUUUUUCGAUCAUCAGAAACAGACACCACGGCGGCUUGAAGGGUAAUGGUGACAGAGUGCUUCCACCAGGAGUUUAUUGACACGUCUACCAGGCAGGCAGGGCAAUGCUCGCGUUCACAUCCUCUACUCGUGGUCUUAUUUUGAACACCCUGCUGAUCGCAAGUACCAUUUUAUGACAAACAUUUUAUAUUUAAACAACUCGAUGGGGCUGUGACUAUUUUGGAAUUGUACAAUAUAUCUCACUAACCUGGACAAUGGGAACUCAAGUUACUGGAAGGAAAAGAAUCCCGAAUCGGGAGAAAAUGACUGCAGAAGACGAUGCCCUCAGUCAGAUAGCUAGGGAGGCUGAGGCGCGUCUGGCUGCCAAGCGUGCGGCCAGGGCUGAGGCUCGUGAGAUCCGCAUGCGGGAACUGGAGAGGCAGCAGAAAGAGAUUCAUCAUGGUUCCAAGAGGUACUAUGGUCUGGACAGCAAGUGGGGCCAUAUUGAGCAGUGGAUGGAGGAGAGUGAGAGGUACUCACGCCACUCACGGAGAAACACCUCGAUAUCAGACGAUGAGGAGCGGAUGUCAGUGGGCAGUCGUGGCAGCCUAAGGCCCUCCACGCUCUGUAGUGAGGCCACUCGCUCACGAAGCCAGAGGGGCUCAGUGUAUGAGGAGAGUCUGUUCACAAGCGGCCGCCGGUUUAGCGGCUCCAGCUGCCGUGUUCCAUCAGAGUAUAGUGGUUUUCUGGGCUCCAGCUCCAGGGCCUCAUCCAGAGCCAGUUCUGCCCGAGCCAGCCCCGUGGUGGAGGAGCGGAUGGACAGAGACUUUUUUGACAAAGGUUCUAGAACAGCCUCCACCCUAUCGGCUGCCACUUUAGCCUCUCUAGGUGGAGGUUCCUCGCGGAGGGGAAGCUGCGACACCUCCAUUUCUGCUGAUACAGAAGCCUCCAUAAGGGAAAUGAAGGACUCCCUUACAGAGGUGGAGGAAAAGUACCGGCGGGCCAUGGUGUCCAACGCACAGCUGGACAACGAGAAGUCCAACCUGAUGUACCAGGUGGACACGCUGAGGGACACACUCAUGGAGCUGGAAGAACAGAUGUGUGAAAUGAGACGGGAGUACGAGGAAAAGGCCAAGGAUUACGAGCGAGAGCGCCAUGCACAUGCGGUUCUGAAGGUCCAGUUCACGGAGAUGAAAGAAUCUCUGAAACAGAGUGAGGAGUUGCUGGUGGAGGCCCAGCAGUUGCGCCUGAAGCAGCACAACUAUGUUAGAGAGAUCUCUGACCUCCAGGAGACUCUGGAGUGGAAGGAGAAAAAGAUCGGGGCCUUAGAGAGGCAGAAGGAGUACUCAGACUCGAUGCGGGAUGAGCGCAAUGCCUUCAGGGACCAGGUGCUCAGGCUCCAGGAUGCUCUGAAGAAACACGGGAUAACGCUCACAUCUGAGCCAACAACCAAUGGUGACGCGGGAGAGAGUGUGAUUGACGGGCAUGUCACCUCAGAGUCUGCCUCCCAGCUGGCCCAGGACAGCGACAGCAUACUAGGAAGAGGUCCAUACUCCAUGGAUCACUCUAGGCAAGUUUGCAUAUAUCUGGAUAUCAUUCCUGAGAUAACACAGGAGGAGGAUGGCUGCUUAGAUGACCACCAGACUCCUCAAAUAGAAGCAGGAGUAUCAGAGGAGGCCCGCGUAGCAGAGUCCUCAUCUUCUCAAUUCAACCAGACUGCCCUCCUGCCUGAGAAGACCCCUGAAGAAGCUGGAGAAGAAGAGGAGGACACACAAAAGAUGGCAACACCUCCUUGUCAAGAAACAAAGAGCCAUCAAGUUCAAGAUCCUGCUGAAGUAGAGAGUGCAUCUGUGAUUCUAAAAGAUGGUGAAGACAUGCGUGUGGAAUAUGGCUCAGAAGAUGUUGAUGAUAACGAAGGAAUCAGCACUCAUACAGACUCUCAGUACCUCAAACCUGACACAGACACAUCUGAACCUGAAAGGACGAAUGAGGAGAGAGGGGAAAGCUUUGCUUGUGUCAGUGAUGCCACGGUUACUGAGAAUGAUAGACAAUCAACACACACACCUGUAGAGUCUUCUACUUCUGAUAGUCAGUUAAAUUCCACAGAUGAACUCAUAGAACCCCCGAAGGAAGAGAAGAGUGAAUACAUAGACCCUGGAAUAGAGGUAGGUUCUGAUCCAGUGAGUGAAUCUGGCCUGUCAGCUGUUAGUAAAUACAUACAAGAUCAGACAGGUGAGAGUUCAGAUCUCAAAAACUGUGAGAUCGUAACUGAAGUCUCCACAAAUUACUCGUCUGAAGCCCACAGCCCUGAACAUGAGGUAGUUUGUGAGGAAGAUACUCUGCUUUCAGAUAGUCAGGCUACUGACACUCUCAAAGUGGAGCCUGCAGAGGGCUUUAUGGAAUCCAUUAAUGAGGUUGGGAGUCCUCCUGAGGACAGCAGGGUGACCAUAUCAGAAGAUGAAAACUCACCAUAUCCAAGUGAGGGCAGAAUAAAUCCCCAGUUAGAUGACAUAACAGAGGGCCCUGUGUCUGAAACCAGCGCUGUGGAAGUCCAUACUGAUGCAGUGGCACAGGCAGAUGCAGAUGCUGAUAGCGGCAUGAAUAAUGAAGAAGAUGCUUUAGAAGCCCUGGAUGAAGCCAAGUUACAGCAACAUUGCAUCAUCCAUGAAAAAGUACCAGAAGAGGAUCAGUCACAGUCUCAUCUCAUCUCUGAGAAUACAGCUCUAGACGUCGUUAAUAACUCCAGUAGUGCAGAUGUGGAGACACUUGGAGAAUCUAAAAUUGUGUCUUUGAGUGAAAACAGUACAGAGUGGCAGGCAGAAGGUGAUGUGUCAGCCCGUCUGACUGAAACUGAAAACACACUGAAGACUGUUACAGACCAAUUAGAGACCUCUGGUGCCAAUGAAGACACACUGAAGACUGUUACAGACCAAUCAGAGACCUCUGAUGCCUGUGAAGACACACUGAAGACUGUUACAGACCAAUCAGAGACCUCUGAUGCCUGUGAAGACACACUGAAGAGUGUUAGAGACCAAUCAGAGACCUCUGAUGCCUGUGAAGACACAUUGAAGACUGUUACAGACCAAUCAGAGACCUCUGAUGCCUGUGAAGACACAUUGAAGACUGUUACAGACCAAUCAGAGACCUCUGAUGCCUGUGAAGACACACUGAAGAGUGUUAGAGACCAAUCAGAGACCUCUGGUGCCAAUGUAGAGUUAGUGGAGUGUGAUGAAGAAACUCUGACUUCUAAAGCAGUCGACAUCAUCUCUCUACAAAUCCCAUCUGGACUGGAUGCAUCAUCAGAGGAGCAUACUAUGACAGGAAUCACCAAGGCUACAGGACCCUGUGGAACCUCAGGUGAGGUUACUAUGGAUAUCGCUCUCAAACAGGAAAAGUUGCAUGACAUCACUCAUAUGAAUGUAUUGAUAGAGCAGGUAGAGAGCAGCCAAGAGGACAACAGAAAAACAGAACAUGUGAUUGUCUCAAAGACUGAGACUCCUGUACGUGCUGAGGUUAUCUCUGAAAUCUCCUUUGAUGCCCAACUUACUGACAUAGACGCUGCAACAGGAACUAUCAGUGAAGAUACAAUAAAUGACAUGCCUGAGGCAGAAAUGGCCUCUGUAGUAAUCCCUGGAGAGGGGAGUUGCAAACACAGUCAUCAUGAAGAAAACAGUGAGAGUGCUGAGACAGAACUCCGUGCAGAUGCACCACUCGGGGGAAUAGAGGAUGGAGCUGAGCUAGCACACCUGGGAGAGCCGGCGGGGUCACCGCACGCAGAUAAAUCUCUCACUGAAGACGCUCCUGCAGAGAAUGAAAUCAUCGCUGCAGCUGCAGAGCCCUCCUCCGCGGCCAACAGCAUGAGCCGACCACAGAAUGAGAGCGGGGCCGCCACGGGAGAGGUAUCUGCGUUUCCCGAGGUGACGUCCAAGUUCGCUGACACAGAGGAACGUUCAACCUCUGACAGCGGAGAUGAUCGAGCUGAUUCACAGUCAGCACCUGUGAGCUUAUCCUCAGAGGACAAAGCUGAGGAAUUUAACAAAGUUGCAGAGAAGCCCGUUCCUUCACCCGGUCAGAGGCCUGGCCCUUCUAGCUGUGAAAAAGAGUCGACUGACGCCUCCACCCAAACACACAUCCAGGUAGCUGCUGGGAGAGAGGACAGUGUGGAUGAGACUACCUCUGAGGAGACUACCUCUGUCCAGGGGUCUGGCUCUGUUCUCUGUGCAGGCGAGUCGACUGACGCCACCUCCUCACCCCACAUUGAAGUAACCAUUAGGAGAGGAGGAGGUGCAGAGGAGACGGCAGAGGAGGAGAUGACGACUGCCUCUAUCCAGACAGAAAGCACAGAGGAAGAGAUCCCCAUUGUGAGAGGGGCCGAAGCACUGGAGGACAGUCAGGACGAUUUGAAAUUUCUACAGAGUUGUGUGCUGGCUACUCAACUGGACUUUGAAUUUGACCAAGCACAGGAUCUUACAGGUUCAGCUGUCGCUAUCCCUGUAGAGCCUGUAGAAGAGAUUAUCAAGGAUGGUUUCACUGGAAAAGCAUUCAAGAAGAAAAAGUUCAAGAUCAAACGGAAAGGGGUCAAACGGAAAGGAGACUGCCGCUUGUCAUAGUCUCAUACUCUAGUCCCUUAAUCCCUCCUAAUCAGAUUUACAGUGUAAAUGCAGAUGAUAUGUGAAACAGUGCAGCUCUUAGUCUUGGUUUUAGUCUUGGUUUAUCUUCACUCUUGCUACAUGAUCCUGCUGUGUACCGGUGUGUGUGUGUGCUGAUGGAAUGUACAUUUUAUUUAAAAACAUACAGACUCAGGAAUGUACAUUUUAUUUAAAAACAGACAGGAUUUAACAAUUCAUACUGUCUCAGAGGACGCUGACAGAAACAUGCCUUAAUCACAUUUGUGGAUACAUUUCUAUCCCAUAAAAUGUUUGAAUCUGUAUGACCUUUCUGAAUAAAAAAAAAUUAUGAUUCCAUAUUGACUAUGUUCAUAGCAUUUGAUUGGAUACAUGUGAUAUCUCAAACAAAGUGCUGUCUCAGUGAUAUGCAGAGACAAACUAAAUAAAGUACAAUCUUGACAAACAUAUGUGUGCUUAUUUUCUGGAUAUUGAUCACACUAUUGAUCAUGUUACAUGACUUAUUUGUGUCAUGUGCCAUAUAAAAACAUUGAGAUAUAAAACACUGGCAUUCAAAAUCUCUGUCUCACUGUUACAUCUAUUAGGCCUACAUGUAUAUUUUUGAAUGCUUCUGCCAUUUCCAAUUUUUGUUAUUAGUUUACAUAAAUCUUCAUGAGCUAUACCCAGGGAUGUAGUGUUAAAAUAAGAGGUGGGUAAACUACGAAUUCUGUGAUCUCGGUGAGGUGGACUGCGCCAGGCGGUAUCA